UAUACACGCGCUUUCGGUAUUUUAUGAUAAUAAAUGUGCAAAAUUGUUACCAUUAUGAUGAUUGAAAGGUGCGCAUGUUUAUGGAAAUAGUAUAUUUUAUUUUUUUACAUAUUGCAACAUAACAUAGUAUGAUGACUGUGAAUUAUCAUCACACCUCUCACACCUUUGAUGAACUGCCACCCAAAGAGCAACAGAGAUUAAUUAAACUUUUUAAACAACUAGAUGUCACAAAUGAUGAUCGGAUUACUGCUGAAGAUUUAGCAGUAGCUUUUAAACAAAUGGGUAUACCAUAUCAACCAGAAGGUUGCAUUCAAAGUCACGUGGAGAAAAAGGGCUCACUGAAUUUUGAUGACUUUUUUCACUUCAUUCAGGAAUCUGAACAUCACUUGAUGGCUUUGUUCAAAUACAUGGAUGAAAAUAGUGAUGGCAUUAUUGAUGCCGAUGAGAUAGUGAGCGCUUUUGCACGGUUUGGUGUGAAGAUUGAUAAGCAAGAAGCUUAUACAUUAUUAAAGAGAAUGGAUAAAGAUAAUUCUCAAACUAUAUCAUUCAAUGAAUGGAGAGAUUAUUUACUUUUCUUGCCAAGCUUUGAAUUACAUGAAGUCUUACGAUCUUGGAGGCACGCUACGUUUCUAGAUUUAGGUGAAAACGUCCUUGUACCUGAAGAUUUCACACAAACAGAGAUGCAUACUGGAAUGUGGUGGCGACAUCUAGUAGCAGGAGGAUUAGCUGGUGCAGUUUCUAGAACAUGUACAGCUCCUCUAGAUAGAAUUAAAGUGUUUUUACAGGUAUCAGGAGCUGAAUUUGGUUCUAUAUCAGCCUGCCUGAGGCAUAUGCUAAGAGAAGGUGGUGUGAGUUCAUUAUGGAGGGGGAAUGGCAUUAAUGUUUUGAAAAUUGCUCCAGAAAGUGCAUUAAAAUUUAUGGCUUAUGAACAGGCUAAAAGACUAAUACGAGGUGAUUCUGGUCGGGAGCUGGGAAUCUAUGAAAGGUUUGCUGCAGGAUCCCUUGCUGGUGGCAUUUCUCAAACUGUGAUUUAUCCUUUAGAAGUUUUGAAAACAAGACUUGCACUAAGGAAAACAGGACAGUACAAAAGCAUCUGGGAUGCAACUUGCAAAAUUUACAGAAAGGAAGGCUUACGUAGUUUCUACAGAGGUUAUGUUCCAAAUUUAUUAGGCAUCAUACCAUAUGCAGGCAUUGAUCUUGCAAUAUAUGAGACUUUAAAAAAAACUUAUAUCCGUAGGCAUCCUGAAGAAACAGAUCCUGGCAUAUUAGUACUGCUAGGGUGUGGAACAGCUAGUAGUUCAUGUGGACAAAUUGCUAGUUACCCUUUAGCUUUAGUUAGAACACGGCUUCAAGCGCAAGCUGUAACAAAUGAUUCGAACUCAAGUGCAAGUAUGGUUGGACUAUUCAAAACUAUUAUUCAAAGGGAAGGUGUUGCUGGACUAUAUCGUGGUAUUACACCAAAUUUUAUGAAAGUUGCUCCAGCUGUCAGCAUUAGUUAUGUAGUUUAUGAAUAUUCAAGGCGAGCACUAGGAGUUACUAUGAUAUAAAGCUUUUGUUUUUAGGUAGCUUAAUUUAUAAAGAUCAAUGCUUAAAAUAUACAUUUGCAUUUCUGAAGACAUUUGAUUCGUUAUUCAAUCACAAUUCUUUUUCAUGCCAAAACUUUUCUUUUUGCACAAUUCUGUUAAAAUUUGAGUUUCUAAGGUUUGUUAUGUAAUGCUAAUUAUGCAUUUGUAUUCAUUCCCAAGGUAGAAAAAGAUUUAUGAAUUUCAUUGCAUUAUGAGUCUUGGCAGUUCAUUAUUAGUAUUUCAAUUAAACUGUUCAAAUUUUACAUUAGCAUAUUUUACAUAGAAAAAGAAGAUUCCUACUUAUGUAAGCAAUAUUUUUAUUUGAAAGCAUUAUUUUGUAUUUAAAAACUUUUUUAAUAUGGAUGGUAUAUUUCUCCAUUUACAGUGAAAAUUCUCUUGAAUUUUUUUAUGAAUAAGUCUGUUUCAUUGACCUCUAUUUUGUAGAGUUUAUACCAAAAAAGUAUAUACAUAUAUUAAAGGAAAAAAUAAAUGUGCAUAUAAACACAGAAAAAUUGUGCAAUACACAUUUAUAAUCCAUCAUUUCUUUCAAAAUUAGUAUUUACUGUUUUAUCUCUUUAAAAUUACAAAUUUUUAAAUGUCAGUGAUUAAGUUGUAUAGCUUAAAGCUUAUUUCUAUUUAUAAACCUCAAAACUUACAUUCAUCUCUGUUAGAUGGCAGCAUAAUGAACAAGUUUGUAUAUCCAAUAAAGAAAAUAUAGAGAUAACAAAAAUGUUCAUCCUUUGUCUAUUUAGGAAUUCAUAAAUGACAUGAAAGUUAUAUCUAAAUCUGUCAAACUUACCACCAUUUAAAAUAUGUUUGUAAUUUGAUGUGAGCGUUCUGAAGUUAUUCAUUGAAGCGUUCAUUGUGGUUAUGAAUCCUCAUACAAUAAAAAAUACUCUGUUGAUGUUCACCAGUGCAAUAAAAGUACCACUUUUAAUCUUCUCCUUAAUGUGUAACAUGUUCUUUGUUUUCUCCGCCCAUAUCCAGAUUAAAGUAAUAAAUGUAAAAUUAGUCAUAAGAUGUCAAAGCCUUGUAGUCAAUAUAUACCUGCAGUUAAAUUUUUACACUUUUAUAUAAAUAUAACUUCAUUUUGAGUGCCGAGUGCCUUGCCUUCUCCCUCCAUAGUUCACUGUAGACAUUGGUAGUAAGGUUCAUAUAUUAGUAAUUUAGGCAAUUAAAUAAUUGAAUAUUUUAAAAUGGCUUCUAGAUUCUGGGGUGGAAAAAAUUAAUUACUGUCAUCAGAUACUUAUAAAGUAUUAGAAAUAUAGUUAUAGGCAUGUAGAAAUGUAACAGUUAAAAAGAAACUAUUUAGUAACACUGGAAAAUUUUAAAUAUGCUUUUGAGAGAAAUUUCACUGUAUUUGGUUCUUUCUUCUGUAUUCAAAGUCUAAUUAAUUAUAUUAAAAAUAUCUGAAUAUAUAUUUAUUAUAUAGAGGUGCUAAGGAGGUGGAUGUCUAAAUGAUAGAAAGUUAACACUUAAAUUGCCUUAUAUUAAAUUCUGCAUUAUAUUAAUUGAAAAGUGUGUAGUCAUUUUUGCUGUUAAAAUAAUAAUUCUUAGUUAUAAUUUUGUACAUUUUAAUUUAUGUGUAAUGUAUUAAAUUUAAACAUCUUUUGUAACUCUUGGCAGUUUUAUUUUAAUACCAUAGUUAAGAGAUAUUUAUAUUUUUUUAGGCAUUUUUAUCUAUAUCAUAAUGUUUGAUGCUACUGUGGAUGCAUUCAAAAACAGUAUUUUUGUAUGUAUCCUGUCUUAUUUCAUUAGUGUCUGUGAUAAGGCAGCAAAUCUUAUCUUCAAAUAUGCUGUUAUGUUAUACCUCAGGACAAACAUAGCAUGUUGAUAGUUGAUAAAAAACAGAUCUCAAUACAUAAAAAAUAUUUUGUUCUUUAAGUAUAUUUGCACAUAUUCUUUUAUGCAAAAUUUUAAAAUUUAUAUCAGUCAUAAUUUUUAGUUUAAUGUAUUUUAUGAUUUUGUAAGGAGCUACACUUCUAGUUAGAUAUUUCAUCUAUAAAAAUGUGCCGUAGAGUUUUGUAAAACAGGUUGUAUUUUCUCUCUGUAUCCCUGCUGAUCAUACAUCAUUUUAGAUCAGACUUCUAUUUCUAAAACGUUUUUAUCUUUGAAAGUUAAUGUAAUAUAUAUAUAUUUAUUAAAGUAUAUGCAUUAGUGUACAUGAACUUCUAUUAAAAAUGUAAUUGCUUCAAAAAGGUCACUAAUCAUUAAUUGUAUAAAGUAACAAUACUGUAUCAGUUAACAUAAUUUACUUUAAAAAUUUAUUAUCAGCACAAUGCCAAAACCAUAAAUCUGCAUUUUUUGCUGUUUUUACUUUCCUACAUUUUCUGUGUUAGUCUUGUAAAAUACAGAAACGUUCUUAUAUUAGCUUCAUUCCGUUUUAUGUUAAAAGGCAAAUAUACACGUUAUGAGAUAAUUAUGUGAAAAACUAUUGCAUAGACAGCAUAAUUUGGAUUUUUCUCAAAAUGUAUUUUGCUCAAUCCAUCGUUUUACAGAUUUGGUUUUGGUGUAGUGCUAUCUUGCUAUGUAAUAAUAAUAUUCAAAAUUCAUGUACAAAAUAAUAAAUUGCAUUGCAUUUUCAAAAGUCUUGGUUUUUUUUUUUUUUUUUAAUUAUUAUUAUUAGGGCAUUUUAUGUGAAUAGGUAAUACUGUCUAGACUAUCUUUUGAUCACUUCUGUUUUACUAAUUUUAUUUGGGAACAAUAAAAUUGUUUUAAUUUGUGUGUAAAUCUACUAUUUGAAGUAUAAAUCUUGUAUUCUUAGUCUUAUGUACAUUGUGUUUGUAAAUUAAGGGAAUAAAUUUAUUCCAAUUAUUUGUGGUUCUUUAGGAAUAAAUCUAUUCCAAUUAUAUGUCAAUUAAAAAUGUAAUAUUAGAGAAAUUUAUUCUCUUCUUUGUAAUUAGAAUUCAUCAUUUUCAACUUUUCUAUUUCAUGAAACUCACUUCUACUCCUGAUCUGUAUAUUUUAUGACAUACAUACUGUAUGAUAUUCAUUUUUAAAUUCAUGUCUUCUAUGUUUAUAGUGAUAUAAAUAAUAUUUCUAAUCAAAAGAAUUUCUACUCAUUGGGGGUGCAUUUGCUGCCUUUAUGCAAAAAUAUUUGUUAUUUAAGAAAGUUAUGUAUUAAAUUAUUUAUGAAUGUAUUUAUGUCUGUAUGUGUGGAAGUGCAAGUUUGAUUGAUUGUUAUUCCAGCGUGCAAAAUUCUAUUCUGUUUGCCCCCACUGAGUUUUCUUUUCUCAACAGCAUGUGUUGUUAGAAUGUAUAUUUAAAAAAAUCAGUGUUUGUUUUUAUGGAUUUAAGUAAUAUAUUUUUAUUUCAAAGUUUAUUGCAACUAGAGUAAUAUUUUGUCCUUUUUUUGUCUUGUCUCAUUAUCUGUUUUAUAUAGGUGCACAACUGUUUAGUUUAAAAUAAUCAGGAAUAUCCCUUUUUACAUAAAUUAUUUUUAUUCAGAUAAAUAAAUGCAUAAAAAAUUAAUUUUUAAUUUAUAUCAUUGAAAUGCAAUCAGUUUUAUAACAUUAGUUAAGUGAGUACUUUUGCUAAAUAAUUUCACUUCCAUAAGAAAGGCAUUCAGUUGUAAUUUAAUUUAUUAAUAAAGACUGGGUAUUUAAGUUCAUUAUAUAGUUCUUUGUAUGUUAUUGUCAAAAUACUAUGAUCAGUCAAAGCUAAAAUGUUUAGGCUUUAUCAAGUACUAAGAAGCAAUUAUUUUUAGAAUUGAAAAUACGAGCUUUGUUUCAAAAAUCAGUAAUAACCAUGUUUUUUGUAGAAGAAUAUUAUUCCUGUAUUUAUAAAUUGAGAUGUAUUAUAAUAUCAUGACAUUGGUUUUGACUGAUUUUGGGUUUUAACAAUAAUGUUUUAAAUAACAAUGUAAUUUUUUUAAUAAUGUCCAAUUGCAUUACUGUUAUUAUAAGUCUAGUUAUCUGGUUAUUUAUUUAUUAAUGCAGCUAUGUGCUGCUGAUUUUUGCACCUGUAUAGAAAUAUAGGCUGCAAUUAUUACAGAGUACAUUUUCUGCUUUACAGGUGAUAGUUGUACAUACUUUGCUUCAGCUUUGAAAUAAAACUCACUUGUAAAUUUUUA